GCUCCCAGCGUGCCCUGCGCGGCUCCCAUGGCGACGGGGAGCCAGGCCCGGGCCCUGAGGAGCGAUGCCCAAGGCCAGUGAUACUUUGUGGGAUCUUGCUAUAGCUGAAGUGGAGAAGAGAGAAAACCCUGACGAUGAUGGCAAGCGUGUGGAAGUUUGGGAAAAAUCUAUAUUAUUCAUGGGAAACAAAAAUGGGGGAAAGACCACUAUUAUACUGAGGUGUCUUGAGAGGGAAGAGAUUCCAAAGCCAACAUUAGCCUUGGAAUACACUUUUGGAAGAAGGGCAAGGAGACAUAAUACACCUAAAGAUAUAGCUCAUUUUUGGGAACUAGGCGGUGGAACCUCAUUACAGGAACUGAUUCGAAUACCAAUCACUAGCAACAACAUAAGGUCAUUUGCUGUAGUUCUUGUAUUGGAUCUGUCCAGACCUAAUGAACUCUGGACUACUAUGGAGAAACUUCUGCAGGUCACCAGGAACCACGUGAACAAAAUUUUAACCAAACUAGAAAAGACAGAUCCCGAAGUAGCUACUGAAAUUAAACAGAGGAUGCGGAACAAUCUGCAGAGGGAUCAUCCAGAUUAUGAAUUAGUUGACCCUUUUCCAAUACCCUUGGUGAUAAUUGGAAGCAAAUACGACAUUUUUCAUGAGUUUGACUCUGAAAUGAGGAAAAUAAUAAGCAAGACGCUUCGAUUUGUUUCACAUUAUUAUGGAGCAUCAUUAGUGUUUACCAGUAAAUCUGAAAAAAAAGCCCGUGUUCUUAUUAAUCACUUGGCAUUUGGCUAUGACAAAAGCAAGUCUGUAUCAGUGGAUCACAGCAAACCUCUGUUCAUACCAGCAGGCCUGGAUUCGCUGAGCCAAAUAGGACCACCACCUGCCUCUGAUAGUGAUAUUGGAAAGAUGCGUGCAAACACACCGUUGGAACUGUGGAAAAAAGUAUUUGAGAAAACAUUUCCUCCCAAUACUUUCUGUGAUUUACAAGAUACCAAGGACCCUGCACAGGAUUUACAAUACGCUGAGUAUGAAGUUGAUGUCAUGAGAGCUCAGAAAAACCAGGUGUGUGGUUGUUCUCCAGUUGCUGUUCACAGUCAGGAACUUGAACAAUACAAAAGAAAUGCCUCUAAAUCCUGGAAAGAAAUGGAUUUUGACCCUGACUGAUGAACUGCUCUCGGUGUCUUCAGUUUAACAUUUACAAAAUUACUUAAAUUUAAACAAGUUUUCACACCCAAAAUAUGAAACUGCAUAGUAAGGUAUGCUAGGCAUUCUUUUCCUAGUUCCUUGUGUAUAUAAUUCAGAAGCAGAGCUUAAGAAUAUAUUUGCCUCAUUAUUUGAUGUAUUUGAAUAGGAUAGUUCCACAAAAACUGGCAGAAUAAAGUGGAAUUAAACCCAGGUUUAACCUGAUGUAAAAUUCAGAAGUUUGCUUUAUUUCUGUUUCAGUAUCAUACAGUUUUAGUACAGGAAUUAUUUCGUGCAAAGUAUAAUGUUGUAGUAACUUUGCACAGAAUUUAGAAGCUGACGUUUCUGUCAAAUACUCGAAUGCUAGGAAGUCAGUCUAAUCAAUCGGGCAGAUAUUUGGUUAGUGGUGGAAGCAUGAUUGAUUCACAUGCAGCCUAUACUGGUGAAAUGCUAGCCUAAACUAGAUACGGCUUUUUGUCCAUGGACAUCCUCACUAUUAUGAGAUGGCCUGAGUGUUUUGAGAAUAUGCAGGACGAGAGCUAGAUUAAAACCAAGGUGUCUCUUGAAAGCUAAGACUUGUUGUUGGAGAAUAAAAUGUCUGGCAGACCAGAUAGUAAGAAUGUUCCCUGAUGAGCAACCCUACAUGCACAUAAAAGUGGGAGAGACAAACUAAUGUAGUAUCUUCCAGCUCUGUAAAAUUAUUUGUUAUUUUUAACAUAUUUGUUCAUUGAAUGUUUUUCUGAUAUAAUAUUCGUAUCUUAGAAUAUUAUACAUAAAGAUAUUAGGAAAAAAUCUUGGCCUCACACCUAAGUGGAGAACUUGAAUUAACUCGAGGAUUUCAAAUUCUUUGUUACAAAGUGCAUCAUCUCAAAGCUGUCCAGUUAAACUAAUUAUAUUUUUAUGGAAUUUUAAGAUACAAAUAUACCUCCUCAAAGAAAUCUCUAGCUAUCUCUCUGUAAUAAACAAUUGCUUCACUGAACACGCAAAGUUAGUUAUAAAAUUUAAGAAUUCUGUGUCUGUUAGGCUUUCAAUUUUGAGAGCUACUGCUAUUGAUGAAAUGGAUAAAUUAGAGACUCUGGCAUGUUAGUGAACCCACAAGAAUAUUUCCAAAGAUGCAAACUACAUCGCUUCCAAUAAGCAGCAAACAACUUUUAUAUUUUUCCCCUAGCUAACUUGACAUUUUAUUAACAAACAAAAAUUUGUUCUAGUAAUUCACAGAGUGCUUCCAAAACAAGAUUUAGAACUUGAUAAUAAUAAGAAGGAACAGAUAUAAAUAACAUAAUUGUCUUCUCUGGUUUACCUUCAUUUACAAGACAAAACCAUGUUGGAUAACUUUUAUAUUGCUUAAAGUUUCCGUAUUCAUUGAUGCGUGCAUAAGAUUAAAGCGGAGUGAUUUCUUGAUUCUGUCUCUGCACAAAUUUGGUUUGCUGCGUUUCUACAAAUCCCCAAAAUGGUAUCAAAACAAAGCACAGGAGUUAGAAUACACGAUUUACUAGCAAUUAUACCGCUCUGCUUACUGGUAAUGGUUUAAAAAACAAAAUAGUGUGAAAAAGAUUAGAGCACCGGCAAUACAUUGUUAAAAAUUGACAGGAACAGCUGACUAAAUUAAAUUCGAAAAGUCCUUUAAAACCUGUAAUACUGUUGAUUGUGGCUGAUUUGGGAGUGUGGUGGGAAUACCAAUAGCAGGAAGCCAUUCACACUCUUCAGAGAACAUUGUUUUUCAAGAUGGAAAACAUCCAGUUAAAACAAACGUGAGACGAUGAAUGUGUUUCUCUAUGUAUAGUCACUUAAAUUCUAUCAAAAAUCCAUCCAUUUAAGCCUUCAACCAUAAU